AUGAAAAAUACUAUGAAAAAGUCGGAUGCAUUGGAUGCGUCGGACGCGUCAAACGACAAACCAGACACGCAGCAACUUGAAGUCACCACUUACGAUGAUGUAUUCGGAGAAAUUACAGAUGACGGUCCCAACUUUCGCAAUGUUGGAUUUACAGGAACCGUCAUCCUCAUGAUGAAAACUCAAAUCGGCCUUGGUGUCCUUGCUAUUCCGUCUGCCUUGGAUGUUUUGGGCAUGAUCCCAGGCAUUAUUUGUCUUCUUACCAUCGCCUGUAUAACUACUUGGUCUGGAUAUAUUAUCGGAGACUUUAAGAUCAAUCAUCCCGGAGUCUAUAGCAUUGAUGAUGCCGGUGGAAUCAUGUUUGGCUUGCCAGGACGAGUUGUCCUCUCGGUUGGAUUCUGCUUGUAUUACAUCUUCAACAGUGGUUCGGCUAUUCUAAGUCUUUCUAUCGGGUUGAAUGCUGUCUCGACCCAUGCCACUUGCACUGCAGCUUUCGUCGCAAUUGCUGCGAUCUUCGGGUGUGCUUUCAGCAGUAUCCGAACUCUAGGCAAGAUUACUUGGCUGGCAUGGGUUGGACUGCCAUGCAUUCUCACUGCUAUCCUGAUUGUUACAAUUGCGGUCGGCAUCAACGGUGGCCCUGCAUCUGCAUCAAGUAAUGAUUGGGUUUCUGAUUGGGAGGUUACCACCAAGCCUACUUUUCCAAAAGCGAUUGCAGCAGUGUCAAAUCUCCUGUUCGCCUUCUCCGGAACACCCGGCUUUUUCUCCAUCGUGUCCGAAAUGCGUGACCCACGUCAAUAUGGCAAAGCCGUGCUUGCCUGUCAAGCCGGGGUUACCAUUGUCUACGCAGUCAUUGGCUGCCUCAUCUACUACUAUUGUGGUACUCAUGUGUCUUCACCAGCCCUUGGCUCGGCUGGUGGUACUGUGAAGAUCAUCAGCUAUGCAUUUGCUAUACCCGGACUACUUGUGACCAUGACAAUUGUCACCCAUAUUCCUGCCAAAUUUAUCUUCGUCCACCUCCUUCGAGGCUCGAAGCACCUUACCAGCAACAGUCUCACACAUUGGGCUACAUGGAUCGGCUGUACCUCCGGCAUCACCGUCAUCGCUUAUAUUAUUGCAAGCACCAUUCCAGUAUUUGAUGAUCUUGUUUCCCUCAUUGGUGCUUUACUUGGCCCUGUCAUGUGUCUGCAGCCAAUGGGAGCUAUGUGGCUGUACGACAACUGGGGUAAGGGCAAAGUUGAGAAAAAGAAAACUUGGCUGUCAAUGGUUAUAUGGAGCAGUUUCGUGAUUGCCAUUGGGUGUUUCUUGAUGGUGGCAGGAACCUAUGGCUCAGUCAUGAGUAUUGUUUCUGCGUAUGCCAGUAGUGGGGGUUCUGCCGCAUUCUCUUGUGCUGAUAAUUCGAAUUCGACCUAG